AUGGCAUCUAUGGAAAACAGAUCUGAAGUGAACGAGUUUGUCCUGCUAGGAUUAACAGAAGUUCCAGAGCUUCAGGUUCCUCUCUUCAUCAUGUUCACCUUCAUCUACCUCAUCACCUUGGUAGGGAACCUUGGAAUAGUAGUUCUGAUCUCUUGGGAUUCUCGUCUUCACACUCCCAUGUACUUUUUUCUCUGUAACCUUUCUCUGGUGGAUUUUGGCUAUUCCUCAGCUAUUACUCCCAAGGUGAUGGCUGGGCUCCUUCCAGGGGGAAAGGUCAUCUCCUACAAUGGAUGUGCUACACAGUUGUUCUUUUUUGGAGCCUUUGCUACUACUGAAAGUUUCCUCUUAGCCUCCAUGGCCUAUGAUCGCCAUGCAGCUGUAUGUAAGCCUCUACAUUAUACCACUAUCAUGACUUCAACAAUAUGUAUUUAUCUAGCCAGUGGUACAUAUAUCUGUGGCUUUGUGACAUCCUCCAUAGUCACAGGAAGCACAUUUAGCCUUUCAUUUUGUCAGUCCAACACAAUCCAUCACUUUUUUUGUGAUGUUCCCCCUCUCCUAGUUCUUUCUUGCUCCGAUAUUCACAUAAUUGAGUCAGUAAUCUUUAUCUUAGCAUCAAUCAAUGCCUUUUUCCAAAUUCUUGUCAUUUUUACUUCUUACUUGCUAAUCUUCAUCACCAUCUUGAAGAUUCGUUCUUCUGAAGGCCGCCAGAAAGCCUUCUCCACCUGUGCUUCCCAUCUCACAGCUGUGUCUAUAUUUUAUGGCACAAUCAUCUUCAUGUACCUGCAACCCAGCGCCAGCCAUUCAAUGGACUCAGACAAAGUUUGGUCAGUGUUCUACACUAUGGUCAUCCCUAUGUUGAACCCUCUGGUCUACAGUCUCAGGAACAAAGAGAUCAAGAAUGCUUUUAGGAAAGCAGUGAGGAGGCAACGAUUUCAGUUAGAUCAUCUUUUUUCUUAG